AUGUUAAAGAAAUUAGCUCCCGGGCUCUUGAUCUCUUCGCUGCUCAUUACCGUUUCCGUGGCUGAGAAUGGAUUCCCGCGAUGCAAUUGCGAUGACGAGGGAAGUUUGUGGAGCGUCGAAAGCAUUUUGGAGUGCCAGAGAGUGAGCGACUUCUUGAUUGCCGUGGCCUACUUUUCGAUCCCGAUUGAAUUGCUGUACUUUGUUAGCUGCUCGAACGUCCCGUUCAAAUGGGUCCUCUUUCAAUUCAUUGCCUUCAUUGUUCUGUGCGGACUGACCCAUCUGCUCAAUGGGUGGACUUAUGCCCACCAUCCCUUCCAACUCAUGCUCGCGCUCACCGUGUUCAAGAUUUUAACUGCUCUCGUCUCGUGUGCCACAGCGAUAACGCUCAUCACCCUUAUUCCUCUGCUUCUCAAAGUGAAGGUGAGAGAGUUCAUGUUGAAGAAGAAGGCUUGGGAUUUGGGGCAAGAGGUUGGGCUCAUAAUGAAACAGAGAGAAGCCAGUUUGCAUGUGCGGAUGCUCACACAAGAGAUUCGCAAAUCGCUCGAUAGGCAUACUAUUUUGUACACGACCCUGGUCGAGCUAUCCAAGACACUGGGGUUGCAGAACUGCGCAGUUUGGAUGCCUAACAAUGGUAAAUCCGAGAUGAACUUGACGCAUGAGUUGAGGGGAAGGAAUUACUCAGGAACCUAUCACAUCCCUAUUCCGAUAACUGAUCCAGAUGUUGUUUCAAUUAAGAAGAGCGAUCAGGUGAAGACUUUGAGCCCUGACUCUGCACUUGCAACUGCAAGUAGUGUAGGGCCGGGGGAGUCCGGCCCAGUAGCCGCAAUUCGGAUGCCGAUGCUUCGUGUCUCCAACUUCAAGGGAGGGACACCUGAACUCCUUCCAGCAUGUUAUGCGAUACUGGUCUUGGUCCUUCCUGGUGGAGAGCCACGAACUUGGAGCAAUCAAGAACUCGAGAUUAUCAAGGUGGUGGCCGAUCAGGUGGCAGUGGCUCUCUCACACGCAGCUAUCCUUGAAGAGUCUCAGCUAAUGAGAGAGAAACUGGAGGAGCAAAACCGGGCUCUACAGCAGGCAAGGAGGAACGCUAUGAUGGCAAGUCAGGCCCGAAGCUCAUUCCAAAAGGUCAUGAACGAUGGGUUAAAGAGGCCUAUGCACACAAUCACAGGCUUGCUGUCGGUUAUGCAGGAUGAGAGUUUGAAUGCGGACCAAAGAAUUAUUGGAGACGCUAUGGCAAGAACCAGUACUGUCUUAGCAAAUUUGAUAAAUGAUGUGGUGGACAUGUCGACUAAGAAUAGCGGGAGAUUUCCAUUGGAAGUAAGACCGUUUUCUAUGCACAACAUGAUAAGAGAAGCAGCUUGCUUGGCCAAGUGCUUGUGUAUCUACAAGGGGUUCGGUUUCGAAUUGGAUGUCGAUAAGUCCUUGCCGAACAACGUAAUGGGCGAUGAAAGGAGGGUUUUUCAGGUAAUUCUGCAUAUGAUUGGUAACUUGCUGAAUGACAGUAAUCAAGGAGGAUUAGUAACUCUUCGAAUUCUUCGUGAGAAAGCCAGUGGAAGUCAGGGAAGGUACGAUCGAGGUUGGGCGUCCUGGAGGCCUGAAUCAUCUGAUAGAUGUGUGCGUAUCAAAUUUGAAGUUGGAAUAAGAGACGACAGCUCAUUGUUGGAGAGGUCAGUUUCGACGGUACAGCUUGGAGGUCGGAAAUACAACAGUGAUGGGGUCGAGGAGGGCUUGAGCUUCAGCAUCUGCAAAAGGCUAGUACAGUUGAUGCAAGGUAACAUCUGGGUAGUCCCGAACCCUCAGGGCUUCGCUCAGAGCAUGACGCUUGUCCUCCGGUUCCAACUCCGAGAGUCCAUCUCAACGGCCAUUACCGAAUCGGGGCCAUCUCCAGAUUAUCCACACUCUAACUCACUCUUUGCAGGCUUAAAAGUAUUGCUCGUAGACUCUGACGAUGUGAACAAGGCCGUCACCCGGAAGCUUCUCGAGAAGCUAGGCUGCAAGGUGUCCACCGUCUCUUCGGGAGUCGAGUGCCUCAGCGCUCUCCACCCCUCUGGAUCAUCUUUCCAGAUCGUCCUUUUGGAUCUUCACAUGCCCGGCUUGGACGGGUUUGAAGUGGCGAAUAAGAUCCGCCAGUUCCGCAGCAGUACCAAUUGGCCGGUGAUCGUCGCCUUGACCACUAGCGGCGACGAUGAUGUAUGGGAUCGAUGUUUGCAGGUCGGAAUCAACGGAGUUAUCAGGAAACCGGUACUCUUGCACGGAAUGGCCAACGAGCUUCGGAGAGUACUGUUGCAGCCAAGCAAAACGCUGCUAUGAAAUAUGGAUGAGGCUUCACUCCAAGAUGUAAUGCCUCGAUGUCAAUAACUUAUCCUUCCUCCUUAAUUACUACCAAGAUUUUCAACAUAUAAAAGCUGUCUUACACACGAAAGAAGGUUCAGUCAGCAUUAGAAAUGUAACAUAGUAGUCCCUUUUCAUGCCCUUGCUUCUUAUGCAUUUUGUAGUGACCAUGGGUCCUUUCUAGAUUGCCAUUUUGGCAAAAAGAUGUUAUCAGCAACGUUUCAAAUUGAAGAAAAAUAAAUUACUGCUUGCAAGUUUUUAAAAGAAA